AUGCACUACUCUCUCAAGACAGUGUUCGUGUUCUUCCUCUCGUGCAUUGUGCUGUUUUGCAACUACGGCCUCGUCACCGCAUCAAGUAACAUUGGCUUGAACUACGGCCUACUCGGAGAUAAUCUCCCGACUCCAUCCAAUGUUAUCAGCCUUUACCAAUCCAUUGGCAUUACCAAAGUCCGUAUCUUCGACCCAAACACCGAGGUUCUUAACGCCUUACGUGGCCACCGCGAUAUCCAAGUCACGGUAGGCGUUAGAGACCAAGACUUGGCUCCUCUUGCAGCCAGCGAAGAAGCUGUCAAAACCUGGUUCGCAACCAACAUCGAGCCUUACUUAACCGACGUCAACAUCUCUUUCAUUACCGUGGGCAACGAAGUCAUUCCUGGACCUAUCGGUCCUCAAGUGCUUCCCGUCAUGACAUCUCUCACCAACCUCGUCAAAUCGAGGAAUCUACCGAUCUCAAUAACAACUGUUGUGUCCAUGGGGAACCUCGGAGAGUCUUACCCGCCUUCCGCGGGGUUGUUCACGCCCCAGGCGCGUGAACAACUCACCCCGGUUCUAAAGUUUUUGUCUCAAACAAAUACACCAAUCCUCGUCAACAUCUACCCUUACUUCCCUUACGCAUCCGACCCUGUGUCCAUCCAUCUAGACUAUGCCAUUUCCAAGAGCGAGGCCGUCGUGGUACAAGAUGGACCGUUGGGCUACACUAACAUGUUUGAUGCAAUGUUCGACGCGUUCUUGUGGGCAAUGGAGAAGGAAGGCGUGAAAGACUUACCUAUGGUUGUGGCUGAGACCGGGUGGCCGUCCGCGGGCAACGGGGAGAUGACCACACCGGAUAUAGCGGCUACAUAUAACGGAAACUUCGUGAAGCAUGUAGUAAGCGGCCAAGGGACACCGAAGAGACCUAACGUUGGUGUCGAGGGGUUUUUAUUCGCGACGUUCAAUGAGAAUCAGAAGCCGUCAGGGACUGAACAACAUUUUGGAUUGUACGAUCCUAUUGGUGUGAAACCCGUUUACAAGCUAUUUUGA